AUGUCAGAGGAAAAGCAGUUAACCUUACCAAUGCAUGGGGUUGCAGAUUCUCCCCCAGAACGCAUAACAAAUGAUGAGCUUUAUAGGAGAUCAACACAAUUUCGAUUUUGGUCAUUCACAAAAGCUCAAUUACAAGAUUUGCGUACACAGGUCAACCUCCAGGGGCAGACCAAGUUCAAGAAAAAAAUUUCCGAGUUACCAGAGCAGGAUGAAUUGAUCAAGCAAUAUGUAACUGAAAAGUUCACACCCAUAUCGGUCAAGGAAGAACGUAAUAUUGUUGUCUAUUAUGCCCGAAAAUGCUCAGAUUUAUCUAACUUCUUCAAGUUUUCGACACAGGUUAGAUUCACGGCAAUUUCAUACUUGUUUAAGUUUUAUCUCGUGCAUAGCAUUAUGGAUUAUUAUCCCCAACAGAUCAUGUACACAUGCUUGUUUUUAAGUGCAAAAAGUGAAAAUAACUUUAUUGGAAUUGGUAAUUUCUCAAAAGCUAUACCGAAGACAACUCCUGAAAGUAUAUUGAAAUAUGAAUAUUUAAUUCUAGAUACACUUAGGUUCAGCUUAACAUGCCAUCAUCCAACAAAGCCUUUGCAUGGUUUUUUUCUCGAUAUUCAGAAUGUAUUAACAAAGUUAGAUUUUUCCAGAUUAGGUAAAGAUUAUGAUUCUGCCAAAAGUAUAAUCAACCAAGGUAUUUUUACAGACGCCCAAUUUCAUUAUACACCCCCACAAAUAGCAUUAGCUGCUUUAUAUAUCGUUGAUGAUGUUGUAUGUACAAGAUACUUGAUGAGAAAGUUUGGUGUGAAGCGGAAACAAAUGGAAGCCUUGCUGAAUGGUAAUGAGACCGAAGUAUCUACAGAAACUCCAGAAGCACAACCAAACUUAGAAAAUGGAGAGGGGAUCAAGGAUACCGGAAACGAUGAGGAAAAGGAGGAGAAAGAGAAAGAGGAACUAACACCAAUUCAGCACUUUGAGAGGAUCAUAAACAUAGUGAAGGAAUGUGCCAAAGUAUUGAAAGAGAAAAUCGAUCCAACGAUUCAAGAAGCUAAAGUCAUCUCUAUUCGGACUCAUUUUUGUAUAGAUCCUGUUAAGUAUUUCAAGAAGAUAACAAGAGAUUCAACCCCAACGGGCAAACCAGAAGGUACACAAUUACCUCCAAAAGAUAAUCCACUAAAAAGAGAAGCAGAGAUACCAAACCUUGAAGAGUCCGACCCUAAAAGGAUCAAGACUGAGUAG